UGGGUCCGUGAUGCCGUCCUUGUCAGAGUGCGCUGCGAUUAUGUUUCAUGGCGUCGCCAACCCUCUGUAGUGAUGAACCCAGUCCCAAGUCACCAAGCUACCGAUGCCGAGCCUUAAGCUUACACCGUCACACAGGCGGUGACUCAGCGCGCGUUGUUGAUCUCGGGGCUACUUUAUCAAUGGGCAUCGCUGGAGUAUCGACUAUUCCCUUCCAUCGCCAUCGUCCCUAGUAGCCUAGCCCGCACAUCCUCAUUCCGUCAUGUCAAUCACCACAGAAGGUUUUGCGCCCCUCGACGUACUUGGCGCAGGCAAGCCCUGUCAGACGUACUACAAAGUAUUGGGCCAACUCACCUCGGACAAGGCCCCUAUCAUCGUGCUGAACGGCGGGCCUGGCUCGUCGCAUGGGUACUUGCUCUCCCUCGCCGACCUCGCUUUGCCGUUACAUGGCGGCGCCCCCGUCGUGUUCUACGACCAAGUCGGAGGUGGCCGUUCGACGCACCUGCCCGAAAAGAACGGUGACACCGCAUUCUGGACCGUGCAGCUGUUCGUGGACGAGUUCCAUAAUCUGCUGAAGCACCUCGGUGUGGAGACCUACGAUAUUGUGGGGCAUUCUUGGGGUGCAAUGCUGGGCAUGGAGAUCGCGGUCAGGCAGCCGAAAGGACUGAGGAAGCUGGUGCUGUCAUCGGGGCCGACAGCUAUCUCACUCUGGGCGGAAAACACCCGAAAGUUAUUGAAAACCCUUCCACAGGAUGUGCAGGACACGAUCGUCAAGCACGAAAGCGAUGGCACCUUCGAUUCUCCCGAGUAUCAAGCGGCGAUUGGACAUUACAACAAGCAGUUCACUCUGAGACUCGAUCCCUGGCCUGAAGAGGUGCAGAAGUGUUUCGCUGAGAUGGACGAAGAUCCUAGCGUAUACCUCACCAUGCAGGGGCCUUCGGAGUUCACUAUCACGGGCUCGAUCAAGACUUGGGACAUCCGUCCAGAGCUACACAAAAUCUCCGUGCCUGUCCUGCUGACGAACGGUGCAUUUGAUGGCGCCUCGGAUGCCGCCAUUGCGCCCGUCUUUCAGGCAGUAGCAAAGGCUAAAUGGGUUACGUUUGCGCGGAGCUCGCACAUGGCGCACUGGGAGGAACGGGAGAAGUACAUGCAGCUUGUCGGCGACUUCUUGCAGGCGCUGUAAUCGGUAGGAAGGGAGUGCCGUAUUUUGCAACUUCUGAAUAGAACCUGCGUUGGA